AUGAGACGAUCGAGAACCGAUCGAAGAGCAGGAUCAUGGAGUCAUUCAGAGAUUGAUUCAACAAUUAAAAAUUUACAAAGAAUUGAAACUUCACCACAUGGACAACGUCGUCAUCGAUCAAACUCGUUUAAUGCAUUUGUUUGUCAACAAAGUGAACAAAUGGCUGGGACAAUACAAUUAUUUCAUUUAUAUGAUGAUAAGAAUCCAAAAUACAGUCUUGACAGUUCAAUGGCAAAUGAAAAGAAAUUAUCAACAGUUGAGAAUAGAAUCGACGAAAUUCACCUCAGUUUUAUAGAUCGUCCUGUUGGACAUGUAAAGAUUAAAAAUUUAAAUCAUUGGGAUUUUAAUAUUUUCCAUUUAAGACGAAUGAGUUCCAAUUAUACCAUUCGUAAUAUUGGCCUACAAAUAAUGGAUGAAUAUGGCUUAUUUCAUAAAUUAAAACUGAACUAUUUCAUGAUGGCUAGAAUAUUUAAUUCUAUAGAAUCAGCUUAUCGCAAUUUCAAUCCAUAUCAUACAGCAUUGCAUGCAGCUGAUGUAUUACAAGCAAUGCAUUGUUUUAUAUCACAAAGUAAACUUCUAACCAUUUUAAGUCCGACAGAAAUUUUUACUUGUCUAUUGGCAGCCGCUUUGCAUGAUGCUGAUCAUCCCGGUGUAAAUCAAUCUUAUUUAGAGAAGACAGGUGAUUUUCUAGUUAGUUUAUAUAAAUCUGCUUCUGUAUUAGAAAAACAUCAUGCGAAAGUUGGUCUAUGCAUUCUUCAGGAAAAUGGAUUGGCAGAAGCAUUAUCUUCUCAAGACUGGAAAUAUGUACGUGAUUGUUUUUUACAAUUAAUUCCAGCUACUGACAUUGCAUAUCAAGGAGUAUAUCAAAAACAAUUCUCAGAUUUAACAGACUAUCAUUUGGCCAAUCCAUCAUUGACGUUUAGUGUUUCCGAUCGUCUGCUGAUCAUGCAAAUGGCUUUAAAGUGUUCAGAUAUAAGUAAUCCUUGUCGAGUUUGGUCAAUCUGUAAAGAAUGGGCCAUACGUGUUUGUUCUGAAUUAUUCUGUCAAGGUGAUCGAGAACGUUUACAAUGGUCAUUACAGCCUAUACCAACAAUGGAUCGCACAAAAUAUACUUUGUCAAAAGUACAAAUUGGAUUUAUUAGAGAUAUGGUAAAACCAUUAUUAACUGGAUGGCAUGAAUUUUUUCAAAAUGAUCUUACAUUGGAAAUUCUACAGAAUUUAGAUGAAAAUUUAAGAAAAUGGGUAGCUGAAUUAUCAUCAUCAGGAAUGCAUUACUAUUGUAAUCCUCAUCAUUCAAUUGACAGUCAAUCAACAUCAAUAUUAUCGUCCGUUAAUACAAACAGUAAUAAUGAUACUACUAACACUACUAACACUAAUAAUAAUAAUAAUAAUAAUAGUAAUAAUAGUAAUAAAUCUAUUACAUCACAUCACCAGAAACUUAUUAAAUCAGAGCUAUUGGACAAAACAAGUAACUUGCCAAAUGCUUUCAUAGCACCCGUACAUGUGACUAAUACGCCAAUUCAAGAAACCGAAGCAUUGGACCUAUAUGAACCUAUUGAUACUAAGAGUAAUUUAACUUCAGGAAAAUUACAACAAACCAUUUUUCUUACAACACAUGUGAUUCGUCGACAUUCACUGCCGGAAACUCGAUUAGCCAUUAAAAAAACCAUGGAUUUUUCUUUAUCAAACAAAUCAAGUACUGUUGUUAUAUGACAAAAUAAAAAAACAAUGAUGCGCAAUUUUAUGUUAUCCCUGCAGUCAAUUUGCCAAUUGUGAUAGAAAGAAAUCACAAAUGUCCAACUUCAAAUGCUCAACCUCAUUCACUACGUGUACCAAUCACAUCAGUGAACAUACCACAUAUGUGUUCUAUGAAGAAUUAAAAAAUAAAAACAUGGGCAAAACACCCGAAUAAUAAAAAAAGUCAAUUGUAAAAUCAAAAAAUUCAACAGAAAUUACGAUUAGUUGUUGAAUAAAAGAGAAAGUUGUGCAUGAACAGUGGUGCAAUGACACAGGCUGUAUAUCAAUUCACAUUGAUUGUGAUUGUAUUGAAAUUGUUGAUAAUGUUAAUAAUAACAAUAAUAAGUUAUAUGGUUUUUUAUAUGAUUUAAUUGUUUCAUGUGACCGACCAUUUGAAAUAGGGAAUAUUACGUAAGGAGCUGUUAAUUUUUAGCAUUACCUUGAAGAUAAGUAACAUUAUUUAUCUUAUUAUGCAGUUUCAUUAUUGUGUGAUAUUCUCUUCAACGUAUAUGAUGUUUGCAAACAUGUAAGUGUACAAAACAAACAUGACAAUAUAUUUGGCUGAAUAGAAGUUUGCUUUUUUGCAUGCUGUUAAAAAUUUUGUUCAAAUUAACGUUUGUCUCCGUGUAGAAUUAUUAUAUGUAAAUAUGUAAAUAUACAUUAGUUUAUCGUGCAAACGAAGUGUUUUUCAAAGAUUAUUAUUUUGAAAUACAGAUGAUUUGAAAAAUUGAACAAAAUUCUGACAUUGUUAUUACCAGUCAAGACUAAUCUAUCCAUAUACAAGUACAGAAGACACUUACAAAUCCAAAACUGUUCAUAUUAUUGUCAUUAGAAAAGAAAAAAAAGGAUUCAUAAAAUGACAUGUUACGGAAGUUGAUGUUUUUUUGUCAACAGAACAAAACAACUAUCAAAUCAGCAUGUACACUGGCACAUACACAAACUGACAAACAAUGUACGCAAACUUAAUUGUGUUUUCCGUUUUUUUUUCUUGCCUUCUUUCUUCAGCUACCGAUGAUUAUUACAAUUGUGGAUGUAAGGAGUGCAUUUCAUCCAGUACAAAUAAUUUAUGCAGUUCAGCUAUGCUUCAAACUUCGUUUUGUUGAUCUUUUCAGUGAUAUCUGUGCUAAUUUUUAUUGAACUGUUGCAAUCAGUGAAAUGGCAUUGAAAUCGACAAAUUAAUGGUUUGUAAAAAACGAACUCUAUAAUUUUCAAGUGAUUACUUCCCUUUCAUGUUGAUAAUGAUCUAUUUUGUUGAAAAAUUACACAAAUAUAUUUAUAUAUAUUUAUAUUGGCAGAAAAAAGAUUGGCUAAAUAAAUAGGUUAGGUUUGCACACUACUAGUGCCCAUACAAAACGAAGUUUGGAUCAUAGCUGAAUUGUAUUUUGUUCUGUUGAAAAAAGAAACACCAACUUCCGUAACAUGUCAUUUUAUGAAUCCUUUUUUUUUCUUUUCUAAUGACAAUAAUAUGAACAUUUUUGGAUUUGUAAGAGUCUUCUAUACUUGUAUAAGGAUAGAUUAGUCUUGAUUGGUAAUAACAAUGACAGAAUUCUGUUCAAUUUUUCAAAUCAUCUGUAUUUCAAAAUAAUAAUCUUUGAAAAACACUUCGUUUGCACGAAUGUAUAUUUACAUAUAUAUACAUAUAAUAAUUCUACACGGAGACAAACGUUAAUUUGAACAAAAUUUUUAACAGCAUGCAAAAAAGCAAACUUCUAUUCAGCCAAAUAUAUUGUAAUGUUUGUUUUGUACACUUACAUGCUUGCAAACAUCAUAUACGUUGGAGAGAAUAUCACAUUAAUGAAACUGCAUAAUAAGCUAAAUAAUGUUACUUAUCUUCAAGGUAAUGCUAAAAAUUAACAGCUCCUUACCUAAUAUUCCCUAUUUCAUCAAAUGGUCGGUCACAUGAAACAAUUAAAUCAUAUAAAAAACCAUAUAACUUAUUAUUGUUAUUAUUAACAUUAUCAAUAAUUUCAAUACAAUCACAAUCAAUGUGAAUUGAUAUACAGCUUGUGUCAUUGCACCACUGUUCAUGCACAGCUUUCUCUAUUAUUCAACAACUAAUCGUAAUUUCUGUUGAAUUUUUGAUUUGACAGUUGAUUUUUCUUUAUCUCAGAUGUUUUCAUUGGUUUUCUUUGUUUUUAUAAUUCCCACCUGUUUAUUCUUCUAUUAUUCAAUUCUAUUCAGGUCUUUUUAUUUUUAUCCUAACAAGUUUAUGCUGAAACAUUGAGCGAUAAUGAUUUUUGUGACGUUAAAUAUUGUAUUCAUUUGACAAGUUAAUAUUUUAGAAAUUUCAAUCUUACUGUUAUAUAUAUAUAUGCAUAUACAUAUACUACGACGAUAAUAAAUUAUUUUAAAUUGAGA